GUAACCCCAAUUCCCUGCUGGGAUGACAAGCCGGCUUUAAAGAGCCAGAGCCUCCCUUUAUUGCUUCCCCUAUCAGAUUACAACAAGCAGGCUGUGGGGUGGUGGUCAGGCUAUUUUUAGAAGCCUGCUUUCUAAAAAUAGCCCAGAGAUGUUUAGAAUUGCGUCACAGGCCCCUCUCCCCACACACACCUCCCCAGGAGGGGGUGACUACAAAAGGAAGGAGUUCCAGAGAACAAGGGGUCAGCAAGUUCAGACCCAGGCACAGAGAGGAAAGAGAACGAUGACCAUCUUGUGUGAAAACUGCCGCAAGCCAAUCAGGACAGAGACCUGCAUCUCGAGAUGCCCAACUGCAUCUGUCUCCGGGCGGGAGAAUAGGACCACAAAGCCAUUCAGGUCAACUAAAGGUGCUUCCAAGGCUCGCCGGGAUCAGAUCAACGCUGAGCUGCAGAAUCUGCGCUCCCUUCUGCCCAUCUUGGAGCAAGAGAAGGAGCGCCUCUCAUACCUUCAUACCAUGGCUCUUGUCUGCUUCUACAUACGAGAGACGCAGCUUUUCCCCCCAGAUUUACAUGAAGUGAUGGGACUAGCCUCUAAUUUCGCAACUUCUGCUGCACUGAAAGAUCCAGAACUGCUGCUUUCCCUCCCGGGGUUCAUCCUGGCUUUCAGUGCAAAUGGCAAACUGGCUCAUGUCUCUGAGAAUGUGUCCCACUUCCUUGGAUUUUCUGUGGUAGAACUCUUAGCCCACACUGACUCCAUCUUUGACCUCUUGAGCAGCCCAGCAAGCGGGAUUGUCCAGGAGAAGCUUGGUUUUGCCCAACAGCAUCCAGGCACUGAAAUUGAGUUCAUCGCUGAAAUGCGCACUUUGAGAGCCUUUCGGGUGAGGUAUGGAAGGAACCGUUUGAUGGCUGUGCGUGGCAGAUUCCUCAUGCUCAACCCGCAGUCGACGUCCUCCUCUCCUGCCUUGACCUUUGUUGCCUUCUGUACUCCUGUCACACACCUGUCAGAAGAUGUAGAUGGGGCUUCCAAGGACUCCUCAUUCCAGAGCCAGCACACACUGGAUAUGAAGAUCGUGGAGAUGACUGAAAACGUUAUUUACCAUCUUGGUUAUCAAAAGGAAGAGCUGGUUGGACAGUCUUGGUACGGUCUCCUGCAUUCUGAAGAUAUUGGAAGAGCUGCAGAGAUUCACAGGACUCUGAUUUCAGUGCACGAUUCUGGGAGACACAUUCGGCACACGGUGGUCCGUCUGCUCUGCAAGGACCUGAGCUGGGUUUGGGUGCGAGUUCUUGCGAUAAGGGAGAAUGGAAAGGGAGGAGAGCUGAUCACUUGCAGCAACCACAUCCUCAGGGAGGAAGAAGCCCUCUAUCUCCGGAACCAAGACCCACAGCAUGGAGCUGUUUCCCCAGCUAUCCCAAAUCUUCAAUGCAAUUCUGGAGAAAUACAGCAGCAGAUGACAGAGCUGAACGAAGCCAGUUUCUUCCCUCAAGAACCAGUGGCAGCCAUGGAUGAGUUCAACCCCUCUCAGCUGCUUGAGGCAUGUGAAGAAAAGAUGCUUCCUUCUGCCCUCCAGUCACUGUUUCCAACCAACAUCCCUCUCCCUAACAUGAGGGCUGAGGCAGGCACCCUGCAGCCGCCUCAAGAAACGGGACUUCCAUUCUUUCCGGCAGGUGGGCCCAAAAGUCUCUCCAGCCUAGACAAUGCCAAAAGGCUGCCCUCCAUGAACCCUUAUGUCCUCUGCUCCCCUGGAAAUGCACUCCCCCCCGACAGCAGCCCUCCUGUAGACAUUUCUCCAUUAUUUGAAGGAGGGCCAUCCACAGGCAUGUUCCCAACAACAGGUACAAGCCCUGACCCAGACAGAUGGGCCAUCCGCAUGCUGGCUGGACAAAUCCACUCCCUGGCUGAAAUCUUCUCUCAAUACGCAAAGCAAGCACCUCAGAAGUCUCCUGGCAUUUCCUUGUGGCCCAGACAGUCUGCUGAGGACACUCACGUGAUACCAAGGCAGGGUUUGGGGACUAAUGGAGCUCUAGAUUUCCCCGAGGAACUCUCUGUGGAUGAAGAUGUCAUCGCCAGCAUCUUAAACAGCUUCCUAGAACCAAACAACUUAAACCCGCUCACUUCUGAGCUUGGGUCAGAAAGCAGUUUUCAUGCAUUAAAUGCUGAGCCACGGGCUUCCUUAACCCAGGCUCCUCAAACAGACGUAACUCCUUGCCUUGAGCAGUGCCUCUUCUUGCAUUCGUUGUCUUCCUCUGCAUCACCCAAUACCCAUGUGCCUGACUCCCAGUGGGAUGGGAGAUUCCAUACUGUAUUUCAGCAAGGUGUCUUUCCAGAAGAGGCCAUGUUCUGCUGAAUGUGUCCUGGUUGCCCCCGAGAUUGACUUUUAGAAAUGAGAGCCCGUGUUGGCAGAUAGAUAACCUGGCGGUGGAGACCUAUCCUUCAACAUUUCUCCAGUGAAAUGGGGAUGUCUUGCCAUACCCUCCCAGUAUUUCUGCAAUGGAAAUAGGGGCGUCCUAAGGAGAAGUGGGACAUUUUGGGAUCAAAUCAGAAACCUAGGACGGCUCCUGAAAAUCCUGGAAAACAGGAAAAUUUGGAGUGUCUGUGGAGAAUGGGACUGGCCUGAGGCAUGAGACCACAUAAGAAAGUGACCAAG